CUCCUCGUCUCCUUGUCUCCUUGUCUCCUUGUAACGCCUCUCCCCCCUUCUCUCUCGCUCUCUCUCCUGGAAUUAACUCAUAAUCGAUUGUCAAGACAGGCUCUUGACUCCUUUCCCCCUUCUCCCACAACUUCUGUAACACACACACACACACACACACGCACAACAUGGCUCUCCCUAUACGCACCACCACCCGUCAUGUCUCGCGGCUGACCCAGACCUCCCUCCGACGCUCCUAUGCCACCGAACCCGACCUCAAAACCGCCCUCAAGGCCGUCAUCCCCGCCAAACGGGACCUCCUCAAACAAGUCAAAGCGCGCAGUGACCAAGUCAUCGGCGAGGUGACCGUGGGCAACGUAAUCGGCGGGAUGCGGGGUCUGAAAGCCCUCCUGUGGGAAGGCUCGGUACUAGACCCGAACGAGGGCAUCCGGUUCCACGGGAAGACCAUCAAGGACUGCCAGCGGGAACUGCCCAAAGGCCCCGUGGGCACGGAGAUGCUCCCCGAGGCCAUGUUCUGGCUGCUGCUGACGGGCCAAGUGCCCUCGACCGCCCAAGUGCGGGCCUUCUCCCGCCAGCUGGCCGAACAAUCCCACCUCCCCGCGCAUCUGCUCACCCUCAUCAAGUCCUUCCCCCGCGACAUGCACCCCAUGACCCAGCUGUCCAUCGCCGUGGCCGCCCUCAACACCGAAUCCCGCUUCGCCCAGGCGUACGCCCGCGGUCUGCCCAAGGCCGAGUACUGGGAGCCGACCUUCGACGACGCGAUCGCGCUGCUGGCCAAGAUCCCCCGCGUCGCCGCGCUGGUCUUCCGCCCGGACGCCGUGGACCAGGUCGGCACGCAGCCGCUGGACGGCGCGCUCGACUGGUCGGCCAACUUCGCGGCCCUGCUGGGCAAGGCCGACCCGAAGCAGCACGGCGACUUCCACGACCUGCUGCGCCUGUACCUGGCACUGCACGGCGAUCACGAGGGCGGCAAUGUGUCGGCGCACACGACGCAUCUGGUGGGCAGUGCGCUCAGCGAUCCGUUCCUCAGCUACAGCGCCGGCCUGUUGGGGCUGGCUGGUCCGCUGCACGGGCUGGCGGCCCAGGAGGUGCUGCGCUGGAUUCUGUCGAUGCAGACGGAGAUCGGGGCAGGGGCCUCGGACGACGCCGUGCGCGAGUAUCUCUGGACCACGCUGCGGUCUGGCCGCGUGGUGCCGGGCUAUGGACAUGGCGUGCUGCGUCAGCCGGACCCGCGCUUCCAGGCGCUGAUGGACUUCGCGGCCGCGCGCCCGGACGUCAAGGCCAACCCAGUGUUCAAGCUGGUGCAGCAGACGUCGGAGAUCGCGCCGGGCGUGUUGACGGAACAUGGAAAGACCAAGAACCCGCACCCGAACGUGGACGCUGCAUCGGGCGUGCUCUUCUACCACUACGGAUUCACCCAGCCCCUCUACUACACCGUCACGUUCGGAGUGAGCCGGGCCCUGGGCCCGCUGGUGCAGUUGAUCUGGGAUCGUGCCUUGGGGCUGCCCAUCGAGCGGCCCAAGAGUAUCAACCUGCAGGGUCUGAGUGCAUGA